AUGAUACUGGAAGCCGACCUCGUCACCGGCGAUGUCCACGAGCUACCCCCGAUGAGAUAUGGAUGGUUCCACUUCGUCGUCUACGACGGUGCGCAGAGGAUGUUUGGCGUCCACACAAUUGGUGCGCCCCGGACGGCCCUCACCAUCAAGAACGGCGACGGUGGCGGCGAGUGGGACGACUGGGACUACGCGGAUAUGCUCCGCCCCAACUCGGAGUUUCUUGAAUCGUCGCCGAACACAAACCCCGUCCUCCAUGGCGGCUUGCUCUACGUGUUGUAUGAUGGCGGGAAGUUGGCGCUGUACGACGAGUCCAGGCACCGCAACGACGGCUACUUGGAAAUUCUUGAUAAGCCAAAGAGCUUCGGUAUCGAAUGUGAAGACAGAUAUUUGCUCGAGUCCGACGACGGUGAACUCAUGGCCGUUCUCGUCGGCCGCAACGGAACAGCGGUCGACAUUGUCAAGCUCAACGAGCAAGAGAUGGAGUGGCAGAAGGUGGAGAGCCUGGGCGGGCGAGCCUUGUUCACCGGCACGCUCACCACAUUCAUGAGAAAGACUAAAGUCAAAUGGAUGCAGAACAGGGUCUUCUUCCCGAGACUCUAUGAAUGGCCCGAGACUGUCCAUGUUGACAUUGACAUUGUUGAUCGCGACGGCGAGCUGGCUUUUGUACCUACCUCUACUGGAGCGGACGCAAAGCCAGCCAUAGAUGGCGCUAACAUGUGGUCUCAUGAAAUAGUCUCAAUACAUGCUCUUUGUGGGAGAAAACCCUCUGCAUACACCUUCGUUCCAUUCAUUGUUAAGACGGUGCACAAAAGUCCAUGCCCGGCGGCAUGCGGCUCUCCUUCAAUGCGCAAGAAAAACGCAGGCAGUCGCGCAAGUACACACGCCAAGUAUUGCUCUGGUGCUUCCAUCUCCUCCGCCUCAGCCGGCGGCGUCGCAGCCCUCGGACAGCAGCAAGCACGGCGAGUUCUCCAUCAGCAGUCCCCGUUCGACCCCAACCCCAACUACUCGCCUCAGACGGCGGCCGCGUCCGCGUCCGCGCCGGCGGCAUGCGAGCUCUGA